GUUUCUGAUUGGUUUCAUAUUUCUGCCUAUCCUAGUGGAGAGUUUACUUAAGGUUUCCCACCGUCUAACAUCUUCAGUUAGCAGUUUCAGUUGGAUCUGUGAAGUUCGCUCGGUGUGAAGUUUCCGUUUUAAAUUGUGUAGUUAUGCCAAUAUGGUGAAAAGAGAGGAGACUUUAAUUUUCUUACCGACAAUGGCUGCACGUACCCCUCUGAAAUCGUCGUUCUCGAUCAGUUCGAUUCUACCUGAAACUGUUGAGGAAUCGCGAAGCCUGACUACAAGUCCGGCCAAUAUUUCCGAGCCCGAACCUUCAGAUUCCGACUCAGACCUGGACGUGACCGGGACGCCUCCACCACUGGAUUGUUCGAAGACGGCGCAGACCGCCGCUUCAGGUGACAAGAGUGACGAGAAGAAGCCGUGCGAGAAACCGCCGUACAGCUACAACGCGCUAAUAAUGAUGGCCAUUAGGAAUAGUCCCGAAAAGCGUUUGACGCUCAAUGGAAUCUACGAGUACAUCAUGAGAAACUUUCCUUACUAUCGCGAAAACAAGCAAGGCUGGCAGAAUUCGAUCAGGCACAAUUUGAGUUUAAAUAAGUGCUUUGUGAAGGUGCCGCGGCAUUACGACGAUCCAGGCAAGGGCAACUACUGGAUGCUGGACCCAUCGGCUGAAGACGUUUUCAUUGGAGGCACGACGGGAAAACUUCGCCGACGUUCAACGGCGGCGACUCGAUCGCGUCUGGCCGCCUUCAAACGGACAGUGAUGUUAGGUGCCGCCGGAAUGUAUCCCGCUCCGUUUCCCGGUUAUACCCCGACUUUAAUGGGACUCUAUCCAAACCCCGCGCUUUUAGCGUCGAUGUACCAAAGGUAUAACCCGUAUUUCCCAGUUCUACCAAAACCUACGCCGGUAGUCGCACCGACGUUCAGCGUCGAAAGGAUCUUAGGACCGCCCGACGCCACCCCGUUCUUACGACAUCCACCAGCAUUCGACACCUACGGCCCGCUUCGACUGCCCCAUCAUCCACCAACAUCCCUAACGCAUCCCGUCGGCGUCUCACCAUCCAGUUGUUCCAGUUCGCCGGAACCAAGAACGAGUUCGGACAGUUUGUUUAAACCCGUUACAGUAAUUUCCAGGCAAAGUUGAUUGAACUAAAUUGUGAUACCUACUAUUCUUGACUGAUGAUGAUCUCGUUGUGAACGUCCCGGUUUGUUGUUUUUUUUUUAUUUUUGUACAUAUUUUAUAUUAUAUUUAACGAUAAAUGUUUGUAAAUGAGAGCGUAUUAUAUGUAGAUAGCAAAUUUUAAUGUAAAUCAUGUAAAUAGUCCUGCAAAAUAGUGUAUUAUAUGAAUUAAAUCUAUCACUAUGACUUA